AUGACCCAAAGUUUAUUCCCAAAAAUUACCGAUAUCGUUCCUUCUUUUAGAUUGGACAACAGAUUAGCCAUUGUCACUGGUGGUUCUGGUGGUUUGGCCACCGUUAUUUCUAAAGCUUUGUUGGCCCAAGGUGCCUCAGUUGCUCUCGUUGAUAUGAUUCAAGAACGUGUUGAUGUUUCUGCUGAAGAGUUGGCCGAGUGGGGUAGCUUUAACAAGAUCCCAUUGACCACCCCUGAAGGUGUCAACAAAAUCUCUAGUUGGCAAUGUAAUGUUGCUGAUGAUGCUGAAGUUACCAAGGUCUUCAAUGAAGUCAAUGUCAAGCAUGAAGCGGUUGCCGAUUUGUUGAUCCAUACCGCCGGUUUCUGUCAAAACAUUGACGCUUUGGAUUAUCCUGCUAAGAACGCCCAAAAUUUGGUGAAUGUCAACUUGAUGGGCUCAUUGUACUGUUCUCAAGCCAUUGCCAGAAACUUGGUUGCUGUUAACAAGCCAGGUUCUUUGAUUCUUAUUGGAUCCAUGUCUGGUGUUAUUGUUAAUGAUCCACAACCUCAGGUUGCUUACAAUAUGUCCAAAGCUGGUGUCAUCCACUUGGUCAAAUCCUUAGCUUGUGAGUGGGCUAAGCAUGGUAUCAGAGUCAAUGCUUUAUCUCCAGGUUAUAUCGCUACACCAUUGACUAAGCAGGUCUUGUCUGGUAAUGAUGAACUUAAGCAAACAUGGGAAUCUAAGGUUCCAAUGCACAGAAUGGCUGACCCAAAAGAAUUCGUCGGUACCAUUUUGUACUUGGCUAAUAGCGAAGCCUCAAGUUACACUACUGGUGAAAACAUUAUGGUUGAUGGUGGUUAUCAAUGCUGGUAA